CAACACUUUCUUUUCUUUUUUUGACUUACAUUUGACUUCAAUUUAUACGAAAAGCAUUUUUAAAUUCCAACGCAUCUACAUAUUACGCUGUCUUUUAGCUUUUCAAAAGGUUGAUCCCAAAUGCGUAAAGACUUAUACAUUUUUUGUAUAUUCUACCUAACAGCAUAUACCUUUGCCUUCAUUCCUCAUCAACAAUCAUCAAUAAUCAAAAGACAAGCUAUAGCUUCUCGAGCAUGUGGCAAUGAAAACAAUACGAUAUCCAUAUGUUCACCAUCUUCCGGUUCUGUAUGGUAUAACGAUACAGAUCAAGAAAUAACAUGGAAGUGGAACAAUCCAACUUUAUUACACUACGACACGUUGGAUCUUUAUCUGCUCUAUAAAAACGAUACAACAGCGACAACGUUCCAAGUUGUAAAAACUUGGCCAGAAUUAGAGAGGACUAAAGGUGUGCUUGUACAACAUAUUGAUGAUACUUGGUACCCUUCCGAAAUGGAUUUUUCAACUACAAACAAUAUUUCUUGGACAAUGUUCUUUUACAUAGUUGGUUCUGGCUACGACAUUCAAUCUGAUCUUGAUUUAAUACCCACACGGCUUAAUUUCUUUCCAGUACCUCAAGUAUUCACUCUUAUACAAAGUGCUCGUAACACCACUGCAACUGAAAUAUCACCAUCAGCAUAUUCACCUAAUAAUGACACAAACCAUCAUACAUCCCAGACCUCCACUUCCAACCAUGUCAACAAUUUACCUGGCUGGGCAAUCGCUGUCAUUGUCAUUGUAGUCUUAAUUGUCAUUGCUGCUACAGCUGCGUUGAUAUGGGCUCUCCGAUACAAAAAUAGAACAUCAGUAAACGAUAAAUUCAUUAUCUCGAAGAAGAAUGGUGGCAGUACAGAUGACGAAAAACUUCCAGUAUUACUAGCAGCGACAAAUAAGACCGAAUCGAACGUUAUGAUCCAUUCUGCAGUAUCAGGUAUUACUACGACGACAACAGCAACACCCGUACCAGCGGCGACUGUGUCAACUGUACGCACAACAAUAAGAUCCACAUCAUCGGCUGCUAUAAAUAAGCAAAACGAUGCUUCAACCUCGCCUUUGAAGAGACCUUCCUUAGCAGAUCUAAAUGAUCAGCAGCAGUCGAGCAGUAUCUUAUCUUCUACCGAUGCCCUCAUGAUAGCAGAUACCUUUAGGCAAUUUAUGCGAAAACCUGAUUGGAAUGAAGAAUUAGAUGUCGUUAAGAAGUAG